AGAUACAAGACAUUUUCACCACCUAUAAAUGAAUGUAAUUAAGGGGUUGAUAAUCUGUCUGAUAGAUCAGACUAAAACCAUUUCAUACCACACUCGCUGAAAGCAAAUAAACAAAAAAGCUCCGGUUAUAUCCGAGUGGCAUCAUCAACAUGGGAGAAGAAGCAAAAAGGUAUGCAGUAGUGACAGGAGCUAACAAGGGAAUUGGCUAUGGGAUAUGCAAGAAAUUGGCUUUGAAUGGAGUUGUGGUAGUGCUAACAGCUAGAAAUGAGAAAAGGGGUUUGGAUGCGGUGGAAAGAUUGAAAGAGUUUGGUCUUUCAGACCUUCUAGUUUUUCAUCAACUUGAUGUCACUGACCCUCCCAGUGUUGCUUCUUUGACACAGUUCAUCAAAACCCGAUUUGGAAGACUUGACAUCUUGGUGAACAAUGCAGGUGUCCCCGGAGGAAUAGUAAAUGGGGAGAAUGUUCUUAGAAGAAAAAGGGGUGAAAUAUCAGAUUGGAAUAUAAUAGUGCGUCAAAAUUAUGAGUUGGCCGAAGAAUGUGUUGAAGUUAAUUUCUUUGGUGCAGAAAGAGUAACUGAAGCUCUUCUUCCACUGCUUCAACUGUCCACUUCACCCAGGAUUGUCAAUGUAUCAUCUAGAAUAGGAGUAUUGAAGAAUAUACCAAAUGAGUGGGCAAGAGGAGUGUUUGGUGACAUUGAAAAGCUCACAAACAAAAAGCUUCAUGUGGUGCUUAGGGAGUUUCUUAAAGAUUACAAAGAAGGAUCAUUGGAAUCCAAGAACUGGCCACCUGUUCUUUCAGGUUACACCAUGUCAAAAACAGCCUUAAAUUCCUACACAAGGAUGCUGGCUAAGAAGUUCCCUCGUUUUCGCAUAAAUUGCUUGUGCCCUGACUUUGUCAAAACAGAUAUAAACCAUAAUGUUGGCUUUUUAACCAUUGAUGAAGGUGCUGAGUGUCCUGCCAGGCUUGCAUUGUUGCCAGAUAAUGGUCCUUCUGGUCUCUUUUUCUUAAGGGAGGAAGUACUUUCUUUUGUUUGAACAACAUUAAUUGCUACUUUAAUGUUCCCACUAAUGUUGUAUGUAUUUCUAGUACUAGCAAACUUUCUGUCUGUGAUUCUCUGAAUAAUUUGUAGACAUACCUAACUGUUUGGUUCUUAUAUACAUACACAUGCUAAAAAAUAAUAUUUUUCUGUGAA